UAUUCUAAAAUUGAUUAAAUGUUUUUCCCUCAAUCUACACAUAAUGACAAAGCGAAAGCAGGUUUAGACAUUUUUGCAAAUGUAUGACAAAUUAAAAUCAUACCCUAUUUACAGAAGUUUUCAGUACCUUUGCUAUGAGACUCGAAAUUGAGCUCUUUCCAAAAGCAAUAUACAUUCCACACACACACACAUGGCGAGAUCCCAACAGCCCCACACAAAAGGACACCCCAUCAUUUAUUUGCUUUUUUCCCCAUAUUGUUCUGGCCAUUAUUUCCUCCAUGCUAACCCUGAACCUAUUUAGGUCAGUGAUUUAAAUACUGGCUAGGAAAGCUAGCAAUAUUCACCACUGUUGCCUUUGAUCAAUGUGCUACAAAUCUGUACAUCGUGCACACUCUCCCUCACACACCACAGCUAGACAUCUUUUACAAAGACGUGAGUAGCACUCCCUCUCACACACGCGGGCAGAACCCGAUAACCCCCCCCCCCCACACACACACACACACACACACCAAAGUUCACACACAUCACAGCUAGACAACUUUUACCUCCGAAAUAGCUUCCUAGCUUAGUGCAAGCUAGCUAUCUAACGUAGCUCGCUAGCCUGCAAAGUUUACCUCAGUUUGCAACCGGUGAAGAUAGCUUAUGCAACAUGAGUUGGCUACUCUGUUACCCUACUAUCAAAAUAAUGCUGAUUGAUGCCAUAGUGAGGAAUGGGAGCUCUGCUGCUCCAGAGGAGCCCCACAUACCCCCACCACGUGGCUUCCGAUCAAAUGAAGAGGAUGGGGAUGGAGAGGAGGCACGCAGAGGAGCCAGUGAGGAGAAGCAGACCUACACAGAGGAUCAGCGUCAGGGUGUUUUCAGGAUAAAGAAAUGCAAGGACUUCUAUGAGAUCCUGGGUGUUCCUAAAGACGCUAGUGAUGAAGAUCUGAAGAAGGCAUACAGGAAGCUGGCACUGAAGUUCCACCCUGAUAAGAAUUGUGCCCCGGGAGCAACGGAUGCAUUUAAAGCCAUAGGCAAUGCGUAUGCGGUGCUCAGCAACGCUGAGAAGCGUCAUCAGUAUGACCAGUAUGGAGAACAGGCUCCGUCUGAGAGCACCGCCCACGCGCGCCACGGACACUACCGCAACUUCAACAGCGACUUUGAGGCCGACAUCUCCCCUGAGGAACUCUUCAACAUCUUCUUUGGAGGAAGGUUUCCCACAGGCAACAUCCAUGUGUACACCAACCGAGGAGCCACCUACUCUGACUUCUAUCAGCCUCGUCGGCGACGAGCAUAUGAGAGGCGCGAGGAGGAGGUGGGGGAGAACCGCAGUCAGCAGAACACCUUCACAGCCUUCCUGCAGCUUCUUCCUGUUCUGGUGCUGAUCCUCAUAUCUGUUGUGACCCAACUGAUGGCCACCAACCCUCCUUACGGUCUCUUUUACAAACCGGCCAUGGGCCUGGUGGUAUCCCGGGAGACCCAGAACAUGGGUGUUCCCUACUACGUGGACAAGGGCUUCCAGAAGGAGUACCGUGGGGAGUCCCUGGAGGAGCUGGAGAAGACCAUAGAGAGUGACUACAUCGAACACCUGCAGAACAGCUGCUGGAAGGAGAAACAACAGAAGUCGGAUUUGGCGAAUCUUGCACAACUGUACCGUGAUGACAGACUGAAGGCGAAGGCUGAGUCUCUGAAGCUGGACAACUGUGACAAGCUGUACCGCUUUGUGGGCCGACAGAGAGGAGAAUGAGGGGCUUAGACAGGAGGGAGGCAUCUCUUUCCAGCUGGGAGUUCUACACUUUACUAAUUUAAUAUGGUUUAUUUAUUUUAUUUAUUAAAUCGGGUCACUUUUUUGAAGAACAUCUCUUCUCUGGAUAGAGCACAGUGGUAGCCAAAGCCCUUUGAUCUGAAACAUUGUGCCUUCUCUCCUCUCAGGAUGGAAGAAAGUGGAGGUGCAUGUACUAUGAGUUGCCCACCUUGGCUCUGUGGAUAACAACAUAAAGCCCAGUCUGGCUGGCUCUGGGAUUGUUUUAUUGAUGUACAGGAGGAGCCUUGUUAAUGCUUCCUUACAUUAAGGAAUAUAGGCUUGCAUACAACAUUUGAGAAAAUGGUUCUGUUCACACCUACACUUUGUUAGUCACCUGUUUGAAACAUGUUUAGCAUUGCUGCAGGGUUACUCAUUUAUUUCCAUGUUUGUUUCUGUGGCGUGAGUUUAAUUCAGUAUAUUGUGUAGGUCUUGGAAAGAUCAUAGCUAGAGCAAUGAGUCACUUUAAUUGUAAAGAACAUUUUUAAUUGUGAAGAAAAAAUGCAAGGACCUGAGAACCACUAACUUCUAGAAUAGGUUUUCAGAGACUGAGGCAAACUAGAGCUUCUAUUUGAAAAGACAGAUCUAUAUGGUCUUAAACUGUGAAGAAAAUGUAGAUUUAUCAUGCCUGUUAGAGAAAGUAAGGCCUGAGCUAUAUACUAUAUCUCUACAACAUUAGAUUCACUUACACUCUAACUGCAGAUUUCUGUUUUAUGCGAAAUGCAUUCAUAUUUUAUUUUACUGUGCUCUAAGCCAAACGGCGUUGCCAUAGUUGUACUUGUCCAUUAUUUGGUCCUUCUGGUUCAUUCUUAAGCACUUCUUAAUGUCGUUUUAUUUGGAACCUGCUGUCCUAGUCUCUAUUCCCCAAUGCAUGCAGCCCCAUGUUCUGCCAUCUUUUAAAACCAAAUGUAUCCAUGUCAUUGUUACACAUCAGGUGCUCAGUCAAUAGCUGCUGCAGUACAACCCUUAAAGGACAUAGAGAAAUCCACUCAUCCUGCCCAUUCAUUUACUCAACUGUUACUUUACUAAGAGCUUUCAAACAUUUCUCCAAAUGAACAUUUGUUCAGUAAUCUUUUAAUGCUUGACCUUCCUUUAGUCCGAUCAUAAAUCCAGCAGACGAAGGGUUAACAGCCACGCCAGUGGCAGACAGACAGGAUGCGGUUUGGGGCAGUAAUGGAUUACAGAUUAGAUUUGAUGCUAACUAGAGACCCAGUUGUCUCUUGGCUGAACUCUGGUGUUGAGUUGUGCUGUCAGAGCAGGUUUUCAAGCUGGUUUAUUAAAAAGUUUAACAAUC